UUAAAUUUCCCAUCAACAACAGAAAAAUGGCAUUUUUAAACCAAAUACAAACAAAGCUACAAGAAAUUAAAACAAAAUCAAUGCCACAAGUUUCAGCUGUUUUAGAACAAGCAAAUCAAGCAACGAAUAAAGCUAAACAAAAUUUAUUGCCCGCAAAUGUUAGCCCAAAACAAUCACCCAUCGACUUAUUACCUGCCAUUACAGCAUUUGAUCCCAGUUUAGAAAAUGCUACGUUUAAGCUUAACUACGAUAAUUCUGUAAAAUUAACAGUCGAAAAUUUGGGUCAAUAUGGAGGAUUAAGUGUUCGUUGGCCUAAUAAUUUAAAUAAUACAACAGAAAUAAAUGGAGUUGAACAACAGAAAGAAGGAAAUUCUUCCUUUGAAUGCUCCUUUUUAGAAGGACAACAAUUCCAAUUAGAACAAAUUCUUUUUCAUUGGGGGACAGAACCAAUGAAUGGAAGUUUGCACACAAUUGCCGGUGUUGGAUAUGCUGGAGAAAUACAUAUUGUUCAUAGAAACAUAAAGUUCCCAAACAUGACUGAGGCAUUAAAACAUCCAGAGGAACAAGGAACUUUGUUUAUUGCUGUUUUCUUAAAUGAAACUCACGACGACAAUCCAACACUAAAUCCAUUAAUUAACGUUCUUUCUCAUAUAAAAUAUGCAGGCACAGAAUGUUCACUCUCUGAGGGUUUUAAAGCUUCCCAGCUUGUUCCCUUGGAGAAGAGCAAAGAAUUCUGGUUCUAUGAGGGGUCUGAAGCUGUUGAACCUUUUCGAGAGACAGUUCAAUGGUUAAUUUGCCGUUCUGCAAUAUCAAUAUCUUCAAAUCAACUAGAAAAACUUCGUGAAUUACGCAAAAGUCGACAGGAAGACGAGGUAGAACAACCUCUACUUAAUAAUCGUCCUCUUCAGCCAGCAAAUUCUCGAUUAAUUCGGUCAUCUUUUAAAAGCGCUGCCCAAGCCGAGUUACCAAAGUGA